AUGCCCACCUCGUGGUCACGGCCGCAGACUGCACGUCUUGCGGCCUCUGCUGGACUGUUGCUAGCUCAGGGCGCUGUCGCAGCUGGGUUCGAUGCUGCAAACAAUAUAGCCCUUUACUGGGGCCAAAACAGCUACAACCAAGCCGAGGGCAAUCUGACUCAACAGUCACUUGCGACCUAUUGUGCGAACACUGAUGUUGAUAUCAUUCCGAUGGCGUUUGCAGUUCAGCUCACAACAGGUGGAGGUGGGCAGCCAGUGAUCAAUCUCGCUAACUCUGGGGAUAAAUGUAGUACUUUUAACGGAACCACCACAUUGGACUGUCCCAGCGUCGGUGAUGACAUCAAAACCUGCCAGGAAAAGUACAACAAGACGAUCUUGCUCUCAAUAGGCGGCGCGACAUAUACUGAAGGUGGCUUCAAGACAGAGGAAGACGCUGUCAAGGCUGCAAAUCUCAUCUGGAACACCUUUGGUCCAGUCGAGGCUGCUGGAUUGCCGAGCAAUACGUCCACUGGUAAUGGCACUGAUGCACCCACAAGGAACGACUCUACAUCGCUGGCAGGAUCUGGUUACAACGCGACCACUGGACCACUUUCAACUGGACAACUCAGGACAAGCACCUUUGGAACAGGGACUGCCAGGAGUGGAGAACCGGCCGAUAUCACAGCGACACCAGGACCUUACGCCAACACAACGAUAGCACGAUCAACCCUGGGCACAGAUCGUGCCGGCACCGGACGGACUGGCUCACUAACAGAUGCCACAGCGACACCUGCACCGUACAGCAAUAGGACUACAACUGGAGCAAGUUUGCGCACUGGUAAUGCUACGGGAACUAGGACUGGGCCCAUCACGGCGACUCUUCUGGUUGGCAACAUGACGGCCACCCUGAUUCUGGAGAACGAUGCUGUGAACGACACGGCCGCCUCCAGAAGCUCAGAUCCUGUGUACAGCAGCAUCAAUACAGAUCCUAUCCUGCCCGGAGGCGCUACCGGAGGCUCUACUGACGGUUCUGAUGCAGCACCAACCACAGAUCCUAUCCUGCCCGGAGGCUCUACUGACCGUUCUGGUGCAGCACUAACAACAGGCACUAUUACAUCGAUGCAAUCCUACCUCUCACUCACAGCACAGUCAUACAACGAUACGCAGACCUCAACACCCGCUCAAGCCCAAGCGGACGCUACCGUCAGAGCUGAGACAUAUCUCAACGACGAUGACGUCUUCACAACCUCCCCAAAGACUACACGAACGACUCUGGAAACACUUACCCGCGCCUCCAUCGCCGCGGCCAAGACAGUCACAGCCGAAACCUUGAACUACGACGCAACACACCCCAAGCGUCAAUCCAUGACCCUCCGCCCCUUCGGAUCUUCCUCCGUCAACGGCUUCGAUCUCGACCUAGAAUCACCCACUACAAACUUCCUCGCCUUCGCAACCCGCCUCCGAAGCCUAAUGGACACGCACCAAAAAGUCCACCGCUCCGCCAGCCCCUUCUACCUCACAGCGGCCCCCCAAUGCCCCUACCCCGACGCCGCCCUCAACCCCGUCCUAUCCAGCAACGUCAUCUUCGACGCCCUCUUCGUCCAGUUCUACAACAACUACUGCGGCGUCCAAUCCUUCAUACCCAACACCACGAACCAGACGAACUUCAACUUCGCCACCUGGGACAACUGGGCGAAGAAUGGCAGUGCGAAUCCCGAUGUCAAGAUUUUCCUGGGCGUGCCGGCGGGACAGACGGCGGCGGGGAGUGGGUAUAGGAAUGCCACGGAGCUGGGGCCGGUGCUUGAGUAUGCUAAGACGUUUGAGAGUUUUGGCGGUGUCAUGGCGUGGGACGCUAGUCAGGCUUAUGCUAACAAGGGGUUCCUUGAGGGGGUCAAGGCGGCGAUGGGGAGUGCGAAUGGUACGACGGCGAGGAAUUCGACUAAUGUAUCGGUGAAGAGGGCGAGAUAUAUCAGGCGGGGUAUCAGGGGACAGUGGAGGCCUAGAUGUAGGGAUGUUGGGGAGUGUUUGUGA